AGCGCAUUAUAGUAACUCAAAACACAAAACAGCAACGUGGCAUAUAUUUCGUCGAGCCAUGUUUAAAUGCGAGGUUCAUCGUGAGGGUUUAGCAUUGAUUCAUUUGAUUGAACGCUAGUGGCUGUAUCUAGGAUUUGUCAUCAUGGAGAUACAAAUAAAAUGCUUUCUAAGUCUGCUUUGUUGUGUGCUAGUCAACUCAAUACCACGCAUUCGACCAAGUGAUCAUUACAUUGACGGUAAACACAAUGUAGAACAUGACCACAAAGCAUUUCUUGAUGAGAGCGAGAGAGAUACAUUUAAAACUCUCACGCCAGAAGAGAGCAGACUGCGUCUUAGUGAAAUUGUCGAUAAAAUAGACAAGGAUAGCAAUGGUAACAUAACAAAGACAGAGUUAAGGGCUUGGAUGGAAUAUAUUCAACUGAAACAUCUUCGUGAUGAGGUGGAUAAGCGUUUUCAUAAGAUUGACACGGAUGGUGAUGGAGUGAUAUCCUGGGACGAGUUUAAAGAGAGACAUUAUGGGCAUAAAAUGGAUCACGACAACAGAAAUGUGGACGAACAGUACAAGAAGAAACGGGAAUUCGACAAAAAAAAAUAUCAGGCCGCAGACUCCGACCACGACAAUAUGUUAACAAAAGACGAAUACUCGGCAUAUUUACACCCCGGCGAAUACAGGAGAAUGCAUGAAAUCGCUGCUGAGGAAACAUUAAAAGGGAUAGACAAGGACAAAGAUGGAUACCUUUCUCUUGAAGAAUAUAUUGGUGAUUAUGGUGAAACAGAACCGGAGUGGGUGGACGAGGAAAGAGAAUACUUUCGGAAGGAAAGAGAUAAGGACGGCGACGGAAAACUUAAUAAGGCAGAAGUACUCACUUGGUUGUUUCCUGUCAAUUAUAAUCCGCUUGAUGCUGAGACAGAACAUUUAAUGUAUGAGGCUGAUGGAAAUAAGGACAAGACUGUCACCAAGCGGGAAAUAUUGGACAAACAAGAGUUAUUUGUUAAAAGCAAAGCUACGAACUAUGGGGAGACGUUGAAUCGUCCCGUGGACGAACUUUGAAGUAAUAUAAAAUUGUCCAAGAUUUAAAAGUUUUCCUAAACGGGCAAGUGUCCUAAUUGGUCUUUUGGCCCACGUGACCGCAUGUAUAUACCAACGUUGAUGCACGUGAUUCGUAUUCACACGUGAAGCUAUUUUGAAAAAAAACGUCUAAAAGUUUGUUCAAAUUCAUUUCCGUAGGAAUUAAAUUAAAAGUAU